AUGUCUCUCCCUAUCAGGUCAUUGCCUCGCACGCUAGUGCGAUCCUACGGGACUGUCCAGGGUGCCCCCAGUCCUGCUUCACUGUCCAACCGCAUCCCUCUUACAUUGACCGACGCUACGGGUGCUACCGCCCCACGGACCACUUGGACUCGAGAUGAAGUCAAGCAGAUCUAUGAGACUCCAUUGAGCCAACUCACAUAUGCGGCUGCCGCCGUUCAUCGCCGAUUCCAUGAUCCCGCGGCUAUUCAGAUGUGCACUUUGAUGAACAUCAAGACCGGAGGAUGUAGUGAAGACUGCUCAUACUGUGCUCAGUCAUCCAAGCACAACACGGGUCUGAAAGCCACUAAGAUGAGCCCUGUCGACGACGUUCUCGCCAAGGCCCGCAAUGCCAAAGCAAACGGCAGCACUCGCUUUUGUAUGGGUGCAGCUUGGCGUGACAUGCGCGGCCGCAAGACCAGUCUCAAAAACGUCAAGCAGAUGAUCUCCGGCAUCCGUGAGAUGGAUAUGGAGGUCUGUGUGACCCUAGGCAUGAUCGACGAGCACCAAGCCAAGGAGCUGAAGGAUGCCGGUCUGACCGCAUACAACCACAACCUCGAUACCUCGCGCGAAUUCUACCCCACCAUUAUCACAACCCGCUCUUACGACGAGCGCCUCAAGACCCUUUCACACGUCCGCGAUGCCGGAAUCAAUGUCUGCUCCGGUGGUAUCCUCGGUCUAGGCGAAACUGACGCCGACCGUAUCGGUCUCCUCCACACCGUCUCCAGCCUGCCCGCCCACCCGGAAUCCUUCCCUGUCAACGCCCUUGUCCCCAUUCCUGGAACCCCUCUUGGCGACCGCAAGAUGAUCCCCUUCGACCGACUGCUCCGCACCGUCGCAACAGCCCGUAUCGUGAUGCCUAGCACCAUUGUCCGUCUCGCCGCCGGUCGCAUCGCACUCUCCGAGGAGCAGCAGGUCGCCUGUUUCCAAGCGGGUGCCAACGCUGUGUUCACCGGUGAGAAGAUGUUGACAACCGACUGCAACGGCUGGGACGAGGAUCGGGUUAUGUUCGACCGCUGGGGUUACUACCCCAUGAAGAGUUUCGAGAAGCCUGGACUCAAGGCUACUGCUAGUGCCGAUGCUGCGGCACCUUCUCCGCAGCCAGAAACAGCUGCGCCGGUCGCAGCGAGCUCUUAG